UGACAGUGUAGUUUUCCGCUUCCAUAAACAAGGCGACUGCCAGAGUUCGCUGCCAGUCCUGUGUGCCUCUGGGCUGAGGCUCUCUCCGAGGGGGGACAGACAUACUGACAGAGAAAGUGCGCAAGGGGCGACAGAGGGAGAAAGUGAGAGAACGGGAAAGAGGGGAGGCAGAAAGACAGGAAAGCCCAUAUGAAAAACAGGGAGAAAAGCAAGAACUGACAGAGGCAGAGGAGCAGGGGGAAGAAGAGAGAGUAAAAUUAAGACUGAGUUGAGUCUCUCCUCUUCUCGAAGUGAAGUCAUGGCCGAAAACAGCACAAAUCUUUUUCUGGAAAUACUUCAGUCUUUUGAUGCGGUCCCUCUGAUCAUCGCUUUCUGCGUUUCCAUGGCGGUGGGCCUGGUCUUGGGGGCCCUGGUUUACGUGAUGUUGACCUGGAUGUCCCGACGCAGAGUAGGCUCUGCCAGCAUCACCCGCCGCCCCCCUCGCCAAUCACGCACCAGUCCACGCAACCGCCCUGGCUUCAACCGCAACAGCAGCUAUGAUCGGCGCAGCAACAACAGUUUGGUCAGCGCCGCCUUCAGCUUCCACCGCCAGACAUCGUCCCCAGAUCACCUCGACCCACUGGGGCACAAAUCCAGCUUCAGGGCCUCCACUUUUCACCCGCUUCUCCAGUGCAGUCAAAUUGCAAGGGAGGCAGAGGAGGGAAGCCAGACCACGCUGCCCCGUACGCCGACGCUCACCACGACGACUGGAUCGGCUCACGCCGCAGCCCAGCCAGCUGCUACCCCGCCCAGACCCGAGUCAUUUUGGGGAAACAACGGCGUGAGGGGUUUCCAUGCUACACAGACUCCACCUCCGGCUUAUGAGAGCAUUAUUAGAGCUUAUCAGGAAACAUGCACCUGAAAGGAGUGAGAGAACCAUGGUGACACUAUAAUGAGCCCAGAGUUGAAGUAUGGAUUCACAAAUGAUACUGGAAUAAAGCUUUAUUGAUUCAUAUGACCAGGUGGAGCUGGGUGGAAUGGACACGGAAGUCAAGGUCAAUUGUGUGCCCUGCUCGAGACAACAACAAUCUGCAAAAACAAUCAGUUUUGUAAAAGUGUAUGUCCAUUGGUUAGUUAUACAUAUGUGGAUUUGACAAAAGCAUAUUUGUACGUCACUAUUCAACAAUGAUGUGAAAGUAUUUUAAAGCAACUAUUGAACACUUUCAACAAUGUGGCAAUAGCUGCUAGGAACAGAAAUGAUUCCUCUUAAAAAUGAGCAGUCCGUAUUCAAUGUUGAUUGACACUACAUGUAUGCUUGCACAGAGUAUUGCUUUGUUUAGACCAGAAAAAAAUAGAAAUACAUGCUUUUCGCUGGGCAUUCAUGAGGCAAAGGCAGGACUUUCUCCCUGCUGGUCAUCUUAUAACUAUGCAAAAAAAAGAGAUGCAUUGGGUAUAUGUACCCCAAAUGAAGAAUAGUGUUUUUGUGUUAACAUGUUAUCAAUAAAUUGUGGAUGUUACAUUGGCGUAUUAAUGCAAAGCCCGGAGGAGACAGCUAUAAACACAGAUGUUUUAAUUGCUGCCUCACAGAUGGAUUUACACAACUGUAGUAAGUGUGGUGGCGUAUGGGACAUAGAGACAGAAAAGAGGGCAUUAGGUUCAAGGCAUUUUUGUAUGUUAUAUAUAUAUAUAUAUAUUUGAAUGUGAAUUACUCGUAAGUUAAUGCAAUAAAAGCAAGACUCAACACAUGA